CAAGCCACGGUUGGUGCUGGCGCAACGUGACGGGCGGGGCCGGGAAGUUUGUUCCCGAGUUCGGAGCCCAGGAGUCCCCGCGGCCGUCGUGCAGGUGCCCUCCGCCGGGGUCGGGAUGGAGCUGCCCGCCGUGAACUUGAAGGUUAUCCUCAUGGUUCACUGGCUGCUGACAACCUGGGGCUGCUUAGUGUUCCCAGGCUCCUAUGCCUGGAGCAACUUCACUAUCCUGGCCCUGGGCGUGUGGGCUGUAGCCCAGCCGGACUCUAUUGAUGCCAUAGGCAUGUUUCUUGGCGGCUUGGUGGUUACCAUCUUCCUGGACAUUAUCUACAUCAGCAUCUUCUACCCAACUUCUGUCAUUAACGACACUGGGCGCUUCAGCGCCGGCAUGGCCAUCCUCAGCUUGCUGCUCAAGCCCUUCUCUUGCUGCCUCGUCUACCACAUGCACCGUGAGCGAGGGGGUGAGCUCCCACUCCGCCCAGGUUUCUUCGGACCUUCUCAGGAGCACAGUGCCUACCAGACAAUUGACUCAUCAGACUCACCCGCAGCCCCCUUUGCCAACCUGGAGGACAAGAGCCAAGCUGCCCCGCGGGGGUAUUGAAGCUGUCCCCUGGUCUUCCUGGUGCCCAGCAGGAUGCUUGUCACCUCCUUUCUGGACCUAUAGUGGUGUGUCCUCCGUUCCCCACCACAGAUGUGGUCUGAGCCGCCGAGUGCCUUGGAGGUCAUAAUCCUCUGGUUUCCCAGCUGAGAAGAGCCAAGCCUUACCUCUCCAGGGAGCCCUCCCUUCAGUGUACCUGUAACCCCUGGCUUGACCUGCGGUCGCUUUCUUCACCUUCUGCUCCAUAACUAUACCAUGCCCCUGCCGAGCAGUGCAGAGUGCUGCAGGGCCAGGCCUCUCAGGCCCUAAGAUGGUCCAGCCCUUCCUAGAGGCUCUGCGAGCUUCUGGUCCUGCUCAACCUCUCCUGCAUAGGAGCAAAGUCCCUGUGCCUGUCACUGCCUGAUGGAUUGGUGCCUGGGACCCCAGGCCUGGAGGCAGUAGCUCUGCAGAGGCUCCUUUCAGAGCCCUGGCAUUAAAAUUCAGGGGUUCUACGGC